ACAAACAACAUCUCAUUACUUACGAUUUAAGAAAACAUGCUAAAGAAUUCGCGUUCCUUAAAGAUGUUGAAUGGAAGAGGAAAACAGACUCUCCUGCGUAUAAUUUCACAUCACCAAGUUACUUGUGUUGUUGUUUUGUGUUAAAACAAAGCAUUAAUUGUGGUCUAGUGAUGGAAUAUGGGAAAUGGAUAAGCCGUCAUAAGGCUAACAUACACGCAUCGCGUUAGCGAUGACACUGUAAGUGGUUCAAUCUGCAAAACGGUUUGAAUCUUCAGACUGGAUGGAUAUUGACGACGAAGUGCUCCCUACGACCGCGACCAGUGCUCUACCAACUCGUCAAGCUAGUCGACGCAAGCGCACAGCAAAAAGCAUUGGCCCUGAUUUCGUUACGGAUUACUAUCCUGGAUCUAGUCGAAGCACUGUUGCGAUAUCCAAUAACAACUUGUCGAAUACAGCUGCGUACCGCCGAGCUUUGCGUUUGAGUGCCAGACAUGAACGCUUGAAACUGCGAGGCGAAAUUGACAAGCCCGAAACCACACCGGAGCGCGAUGCGGACAACACGCCUGUGUGUGCGGAGUGUCACCUAGCUUCGGGAAAUUUUCCUGCUUAUUCCAGCACAGAACGCCGUUUUAUACGGUGCAGUAAUCCAGAAUGUCCAUACACCGCGCAUGCUGGAUGCACCGGAAUCUGUGGGUCUGGCGAACCGGAAACGACUUUCCGCUGCGAAGACUGCAAAAUUUGUGCGGUAUGCCAGUCUGGGAAAACGCGGAAGAAUAGUAGGUUGAUUCAGUGCUUGAAUUGCUUUCAAGUAUACCAUCUCGGUUGCCAUUCACCGCCAGUGGACCCUGAGUCGGUUGAAAACUGGGGGACACGAAUGUCUUCUCUUCCUGGAUGGCAGUGUUCGGCAUGUACAAAAGCUGGGGGUGACGAGGGUAAAUUGAAUAAUCUGAGCACUACGGAAGCUCAUAUUCUUGAACCAGAGUCACAGAGUUCGCAAAUCGACGAGGAAUAUGCGGAUGACCAAGACAGUAGCAGGGCACCCUCUGUUGAAAUUAUGACUCCUACGGCAUUAGCCGUUCAGAAAAAUAUGGGUGAAGAGGUGCGCUCUCAGAGGCCGGUGAUAGUGAGAUCCAGCAACAGGCUCCGACCGCUAGAUCGGACUAUUGAGGGCAUCACUAAUGAAGAGCGGGAACUUCGUCAGGACUUAGCGAUGUGGAGUGUGGAGCAGUGUGCUGCUUAUUUUAUUGAUUCUCAGCCGGAGCUGGCGGAUUUAAUCAGCAGACAUGAGCUGCUUGGAUCGUCACUUAUGUUGAUUUCUCGGGCACAGUUUGCGAAGCUUUUUGGUCUGAGUAUUGGAAAGAAUCUGAAAAUGUUUGGAGCGAUUUGCAAAUGGCGCAAAAUCACGUUCUAGUCUUGCAGCGACCAGUGGAAUCCUCUAAGGGGUUAGUGGACUCACGAGUUCUUAGUGAACUGUAUUAAUGUUGUUGUUGUUAUGCACUUACGGGUAUUACAAAAAACUGUGCCUGUGCACUACCAGACGGUUGGCGUAACUGUUAAUCAAGUACUGUGUGCAGAAACCGGUCAAAAUGCUCGGUGGUUGUUUUUCUAACUUGUCGACAGUAAUUAAGAACUAUAAAUAGUAUUAUAGUACUAUUCUCAUUGUCAUGAAUUUCCGUGACAAUCUCAACGAUCAACUUCUAACAAAAAAACCCAUA